UUUCAGCUUUACCAACAGGGCCGCUUGUGCCAGCUGGGUAGUGAAUUCUGUGAACUAGAAGUUUUUGCAAAGGUGCUACGAGCUUUAGAUAAAAGACAUCUGCUUCAUCACUGUUUUCAGGCCUUGAUGGACCAUGGAGUAAAGGUUGCUUCCGUACUGGCCUAUUCUUUCAGUAGACGGUGCUCCUACAUCGCAGAAUCGGACUCUGCUGUCAAAGAAAAAGCAAUCCAGAUUGGUUUUGUUUUAGGAGGGUUCCUAUCAGAUGCAGGCUGGUACAGCGAUGCUGAGAAGGUGUUUCUUUCCUGCCUGCAGUUAUGCACCCUUCAUGAUGAAAUCCUUCAUUGGUUUCGAGCCGUAGAAUGUUGCGUAAGGUUGCUGCACGUUCGGAACGGUAACUGUAAAUACCACUUGGGAGAAGAAACCUUCAAACUGGCUCAGUCUUACAUGGACAAACUUUCCAAACACGGUCAGCAGGCGAACAAAGCGGCGCUCUACGGGGAGCUGUGCGCGCUGCUCUUUGCCAAGAGCCACUACGAUGAGGCUUAUAAGUGGUGUAUAGAAGCGAUGAAGGAGAUCACAGCUGGCCUGCCUGUAAAAGUGGUAGUGGAUGUGUUACGACAAGCUUCGAAGGCUUGUGUGGUAAAACGUGAAUUUAAGAAGGCGGAGCAGCUGAUAAAACAUGCAGUUUACCUUGCCCGGGAGCAUUUUGGAGCCAAGCACCCCAAAUACUCCGAUACUCUGCUGGACUAUGGCUUUUACUUGCUCAACGUGGACAAUAUAUGCCAGUCUGUUGCAAUCUACCAGACAGCUCUUGAUAUCCGGCAGUCAGUGUUUGGAGGUAAAAACAUACAUGUAGCUACAGCUCAUGAAGACUUGGCUUACUCUUCGUAUGUUCACCAGUACAGCUCUGGAAAAUUUGACAAUGCACUGUUCCAUGCUGAACGUGCUAUUGGCAUUAUAACUCACAUUCUCCCAGAAGACCAUCUUCUCUUGGCAUCCUCCAAGAGAGUUAAAG